CCGAGCACGCGAGUCGCAUCUCGCUCCACGCCUCGCUCGCCGCGCUCGCUCGAAACGAUCUCGACAAACAACUCAACUCACGACUCACCGAUGAAUAUUUAAUGACACCUAUUCCUACCCCGGCGGAUGAAUGAACCCACACCGUUGCCCCACCGACAGCCAUGACAACACAAUUCUAACACUAGAAAAAGUUAAUUACGAUGUCCCUGGGUUAAAGUAAUUAUAAAACCAUGAACGGUCGAAGAUUGGUGUCGCGAUCGACGACGGCGUUUGUUUUGCUACUUAUCAUUAGAUGUGCUGUCACGUCGUCCGAUGAAUCCCUCUUUCCUCGUUUCGUGGAGCCGGUGCCGAACGUCACGGUGACGGUGGGCCGUGACGCGCUCCUUGCCUGUGUCGUCGAAGACUUGCGUGGGUAUAAGGUGGCAUGGGUCCGCGUUGACACGCAGACAAUCCUGAGCAUCCACCACAACAUCAUCACGCAGAACCCUCGCAUCAGUCUGUCGUACAACGACCAUCGGUCGUGGUAUCUCCAUAUCAAGAACGUGCAAGAAGUGGAUCGGGGGUGGUACAUGUGUCAAGUCAACACUGACCCCAUGCGCUCUAGGAAAGGAUACCUACAAGUAGUUGUGCCACCAGUGAUAAUUGACAACAUGACGUCCACGGACAUGGUGGUUCGGGAAGGCACCAACGUCACCAUGGUCUGCCGAGCUACUGGAUACCCUGAGCCAUACGUCAUGUGGCGAAGAGAGGAUGGACAGGAAUUCAACUGCAAUGGAGAAUCAGUGAACGUGGUGGAUGGCGAGAACCUGACGAUAUCGAAGGUGUCCCGCCUGCACAUGGGCCCGUAUUUAUGCAUAGCGUCCAAUGGCGUCCCGCCGUCGAUCAGCAAGCGUGUCGUGCUUAUGGUUCAGUUUCCACCGAUGCUCUCAAUACCGAACCAGCUGGAAGCUGCAUACAUAGGUCAGGAUGUGACGCUGGAAUGUCACACAGAAGCCUACCCUUCGUCCAUCAACUACUGGACUACUGACAGAGGCGAUAUGAUUAUAUCAGGAGAAAAAUACACCACAACGUAUUUCGACGACAACUACAGCCGGAAAAUGAAAUUAACGAUACGGAAAGUGUCAUCAAGGGACUUUUCUUCGUACCGCUGCGUUGCCAAGAACUCCCUGGGGGAGACUGAUGGGCUCAUACGCCUCGACGAAAUACCAGCGCCUUCUACUGUAAGCACUACAGACAACAAUGUUCCCACAAAUCCUCCCAGAAAAAAAGGUAAAAACAGACCACGAGUUCGGGACAGCUCCGCUGAAAACAGAGUCUUAGGUGAUUAUGAGCUUGAAGAGUGGAGGGAAUAUGGUUAUGAAUCCACCCAGUCUUCGGGCUCCACGCUCGUCCAAGGCAAACUGCUCAUCACAGUUGGAGUCAUCAUCAUCGCCAGCUGACACCAAGUCACCUGUACCGGUGUCAAGACAUAGUGCCAACUAGAAUGUGAGUUCUGUGCUAAAUGACUUGGCUGAAGCACCAGCCAAUACUCAAGCUGUGUUGAAAACCAAAUUGUAUAGUUUACGUAAGAACUAGCAACCUAAAUACGUUAAAAGACAUCGAAAAUCUCGUAUGUUAAAUGUUCUUAAUUUAUUUUUAUGAAGAAUAACGUUAAAAAUCUACGUAAUUAUUGUAAAUAUUUAGAUCUACUUCUCGAUAUGAAAGACUGAUAGAUUUGUAUGUUACAUGUGCCAUAUCCAUUGUAUAAUCAAUAAUCGUAAUGUAGUUGUUAUUAGGGCGGCGAUCAAAAAGUGUUUAUGUCGUCAAUUAUAUUGUCUUUUGUUUUAUUGAUCAGUCAUUUGUACACCUAUUCAAAGCUCGUAUAAUAACUACGGCUUUGGUUUUACUAAAGUAAUUUGUUGAUGUGAAAUGUGUGUUGAUGACAUAAACAUAUUUUGAUUGUCAGUAGUUCGUGCUUUAAAAGCUAAAUGAGAAUUGAAUUAUACUGAACGUGAUCCGUCAUGUAAAAUGUACAUUUUGUUUGCUAUAAACUCCAAAUAUUCAUGAUUUAAGUUUCAUUAAACCUUAAUUGAUACAAAAAAUAAUAGCAGAAUUCGUUGCGUCUCGCUCUUUUAUUUGCAUAUUUAAUAUGCAUGAGCGUGAAGG